AUGUUGCACACCUUGCCCUCCACCUCUUCCUCUAUCCACUCAACAAUUCUUCUUCCUCAAUCUCAUUCUCCUUCUCUUCUCUCUCCUUCUUCCUAUCAACCAUGUUCACUUCUCAACCACCACUUUCACACUCAGCCUCGUCACUUUACCAACUUCACCCGGAAAAUCCAUUCUCCAUUAAGACCUCAGGUACUAAAAAAAGUGAUAAAUUGCUCCACAAGCGAGCCAUUGAAGGUUAUGAUAUCAGGUGCACCUGCAUCUGGCAAGGGAACACAAUGUGAAUUGAUCGUUACUAAGUAUGGAUUGGUGCACAUAUCAACUGGGGACUUGCUAAGACAAGAAGUAGCAGCUGGCACUGAAAUAGGAAAUAAAGCGAAAGAGUUCAUGAAUUCCGGUCGCUUGGUUCCUGAUGAAAUUGUGACUGCUAUGGUGGCAGCGCGUUUGUCUCUCGAAGAUGCGAAACAAAAAGGGUGGCUUCUUGAUGGUUACCCUCGGAGUUUGGCUCAAGCGGAGAGCCUGGAGAAAAUGCAGAUAAGACCUGAUGUGUAUAUUGUAUUAGAUGUUCCUGAUGAAAUUCUGAUCAACAGAUGCGUUGGUAGAAGGCUAGACCCGGUGACUGGGAAGAUAUACCAUCAGAAAUUUUUUCCACCAGAGACUGAGGAAAUCAAAGCCAGGCUGAUAACUCGUCCUGAUGACACCCAAGAAAAGGUUCUGUCACGCCUGAGCAUAUAUAAGCAAAAUGCAGAAGCAGUAUCUUCCUCUUAUUCGAACAUAACAAAUAAGAUUGAUGGAAGCCGUCAUAAAGAGGAAGUUUUCAAAGAUAUUGAAUCUUUAUUAACUCAAUUACAACAGAAUAAAGUGAAAAUUGUGAAUUCUGGAGAAAAUACAAUUCGUGACACGAAAAAGGGGCAAGUGUCUUUGAUCCAGGAUCAAUGGAGAGGAGUUCCAACUAAACUACACAACAUUCCCCAUUCUCAAGAAAUCAGGAAAUAUUUUUAUGAUGAUGUGCUACUAGCUACACAGAGGGCUAUCAAUGAUGGAAAAACUAGAUUGAAGGUUGACAUUAACAUUCCUGAACUGAAUCCAGAAACGGAUGUUUACCGAUUUGGUACCUUGAUGGAACUUAUUAGAUCUCUUGCACUUUCAUUUGCUGAUGAUGGGAAACGUGUAAAGGUUUGCGUACAAGGGUCAAUGGGAGAAGGUGCUCGUACUGGAAUGCCAUUGCAGCUUGCUGGAAGUCGGAAGAUUUUAGAGUUCAUGGAUUGGGGUGAUUAUGGUGCAAAAGGAACAUUCAUCAACAUUGGUUCGAUAGGUGCAGCAGAGGUUGAAGAGCAAGAUGACAUGUAUAUCUUGGUGACUCCUCAGAAUGCUGUAGGGAAUUGUAUUAUUGAUGAUUUAAAAGCAAUGACCAGUGCUGCCAAACACAGACCAGUCAUCUUAAUCAACGCUAAGCUUAAGGAUUUACCUGCUUCGAGUGGUAUUAUGCAAACAAUGGGACGAGACAAAAGACUCGAGUAUGCAGCAUCAUUCGAAAGUUGCUAUCUCUUUCGGCUUCUCUAUAAUGUAGCAACCCAGUAUCCCAUAAUAGGAGCUAUCAGGAUGUCUUAUCCAUACCCGUAUGAGCUGUACAGAAGAGUAGAUGAGUCAACUGGAAAGGAGAAGUAUGUAAUUUUGUCUACUUUUCCUCAAAUGCCUACUAAUGAAGAAGUUUACGAUUCCUUGGAAGGAAAACCAAGAAAUGGAACCAGGAAAGCUUCAGGGUUUUGGGGUUUCUUGAGUGAAAUAUUUUGA